AUGCCGCUGGAGGCCCCGCCCAUCCCGGUCGGCGCGCGGAGGAGUCUGGGAGCGCGGGGUGGGUGUGGCCUCGCGCGGCGCGGGGGCGGGGCGGGAGCAGCGGAGCCGCGCAGGCGCAGACCGCGCUCUCGCUGGACAUAUCGCGGUCAGAGCCCCACAGCGGCCCCGCGGCCGCCGCUCCAUCAGCCCCCAGACCCCACCACCCAUCCCCUGGUCACUGUGGGCAGUGGAGGGAUGGUUACCCAGCUGCCGGCUGACAAGGCCCUGGAGUUGGUGACAUUCAAAGAUGUGGCCGUGAACUUCACACAGGAGUGGCAGCAGCUGGAGCUGGCUCAGAGGGACCUGUACAAGGAUGUGAUGCUUGAGAACUUCCAGAACUUGAGCUCCCUGGAAAUGGAGUCUAGACCGGAGAGGAACGGCCCAGUGGAAGCUGUCCCUGCAGGAGUAUCCCCUGAGCUGGACCUGGAAGAGCUGGGAGGGGGCUGCCCCUGGGGCUGUGCAUCAGGAGAGGCCGGGACAGCUUCAGGAAGGGCCCCUUCCGGGCAUCAGCCAGGAAUUCCAGGAGGGAGGGGCCCCCACAAGUGCGGCCCGCGGAAUCCCGACUGGCAGAGCCCCUGCCGUCACUGAGAAGCCCUGUGUGUGCCAGGAGUGCGGGGAGGCCUUUGCGCACUGCACCGAGCUGGCGCAGCACCAGCGCGCGCGCGCGCACACGCCCUGGACAAAGCCUUCGCGUGCGGCGAGUGUGGGAGACGCUCCCGCAGGAAAGCCACGCUCACGGUGCACCGGCGCGUCCACACCGGCGAGAAGCCGUUCACGUGCGCCGAGGGCGGCAAGGCCUUCUGCCAGCGUGCCAACCUCACGGUGCACCGGCGCACGCACACCGGCGAGCGGCCCUACAAGUGCGGCGAGUGUGGCAAGGCCUUCGCCCUCAUCACCAACCUGGUGGACCACCAGCGCAUCCACACCGGGGAGAAGCCCUUCGUGUGUGACCUGUGCGGUAAGCACUUCACCAAGCGCUCCUCCCUCCUCGGGCACCAGUGGGCCCCCAGAGGCGAGAGGCCCCACCCGUGCAGGGUGUGCGGGAAGGGCUUCCGCAAGAAAUCCUAGCUGGUCAACCACCACCGCACGCACACGGGCGGGCGGCCGUUCAAGUGCUAUGAGUGCGGCAAGGCCUUCGCGCAGAGCAUGACCUUGGUGGAGCACCGCACACCGGGGAGAAGGCCUACCAGUGCCGCCAGGGCGGCAAGUGCUUCACCAAGUCUUCCGCGCUGAGCCUGCACGAGAGGCUCCACGACGGUGAGCGGCCCCUCCGCUGCGCCGAGUGCGUCAAGGCCUUCAGCCAGAAGGCGCAGCUCGUGGUGUACGGGCGAGAAGCCUUUCCAUGGCGGCGCCCGCGGGAGAUCCUACAGCCAGAAGGGCUACCUCACCGUGCACCGGCGGACCCACACCGUAGAGAGACCCUUUGAGUGCACGGAAUGCAGCAAGACCUUCAGCCAGAAGGCGCACCUCUGCAUUCACCUGCAGGUCCACACGGCUGAGAAGCCCUACCGCUGCGGCGAAUGCGGGAGAAGCUUCCGGAAGGUGUCCUUCCUGCUCCAGCAUCAGGCCAUCGACAGCGACGAGAGGCCCUUCCAGUGCGGCGUGUGCAGCAAGGCCUUCGUGCGGAAGCCCACCCUGAUCCAGCACGGCCGAAUCCACACAGGGGAGAAGCCCUACCAGUGCGGGCAGUGUGGGAAAGACUUCCCGCACCAGCCCACGCUGACGGCUUACCGGAGGAUCCCCACCGGGGAGUGGCCCUAUGAGUGCAAGGUGUGCGGCAAGGCUUCAGGCGCAUCGGGAACCUCACCUGCCACCAGAAGACCCAUGCUGCCGCGGGGGGCCCGCCAGGGAGCCCAGCCUUCUGCCUACCCUCCCAGAUAACCUGUCACAGGUCAGGCCUGAGAUGGCGGCCAAGUUUCAGCCUCCCGUCAUCACUUUAGAAUCAACUUAGGGACGUCAAGAGACGCCCUUGGGGCUUGUGACACAUUCCUGAGAAUUUCCUCAGGACAGGCGACAGCCACCCUACUUCAGCAGUGUGCGACCUGUGCAACCACACAGGGCCCGGCCCACACUCGGUCUCACGCUCUGCAGUCACCGUUUUGAAAUGCUGAAUAAUCUCUGGACAGAGGGCCCCAUAUUUUCGUUCUGCACCAGGCUCCAAAAAUUAUCCCCAUUCCCAGGGGAGAGAUUAGAUCAGGCAGGGGUUGGCAAACCGCAGCCCCAGGGCCAGACCUGCUUUCACAUGGCCCCCGAGGUAAGAAUGGCUUUCACAUUGUAAAAUAAAGUGAAGGGUUGUAAAAUAAAGCGAAAAGAAUAUGACACAGAGAGAGCUUUUGUGGCUUGCAAAGACUACAUAGUCUCUGGCCUUUUGCGGAAAAGGUUGGCCAACCCCUGCCAUCAAGCAACAGUUACUUGUGGGAAUUCCACACCCUUCCUCAACACAGGCUGGCAAAACCCAUUUGGUCUCAUGGUCCCUCUUGGUGGUUCCCUCAGGUGGGCUCCUGGGACUAAGUGGAGGAGACUGUCCGGCUCUGUUCUUUCAUUUCC